AUGGCGGGUUCUCAAACGAACCCCGGCAUCCCAACCAGCACAGGGGUCGACUUCAUAGACAGCUCGACUCUGACCUACUUCAUCCCCCUUGCCACGGAUUUCGAUGUGGAAGCUGCUCUCCAAGGAGCGCAGAAGGGAAGCGACGCUCUGAAGGCCGUAGAAGGCCGCGAGUCGCUGUUCUUUGAUGAGUCCGUCGAUGUCUACCUCGCCCUGAAGACCCCCGCCGUCGACGAGAAUCUCCUUCGGCUUUCCCUCAGAAGGCUGGUCUUGUCCGUUGAGGCUAAAGUCGUCAACAGCAGUGCCCCUGACCGCGACAGUCCACCCGCCUCAGAGGCCAUAUACCUAGAAUCCGUUCAAGACACAGGUUCCCCGUUGGUUAUCACUCCCAAUGAUGGAACUCAAGACGGCUCCGGCGACGGGGAAGGGUCUAUGCUAGUCAUUUGGAAGCUCCCGGUCAUGAUGGCCCGGCCACGUAUAAGGUUACACGCGCCUUCGGUUGUGUUUACCGCAACGGCAAGCUUGAAACCUGCAGAAGCCUCCUUUUCGAGCCACCUGCUGGACGGCUACCUCCCCAGUGGAGUAGCAUCUGGCCUGAAUCUUCUAGAGUCCUUCGGCAGCGAUCCCGUCCUCAGCGGCAUACAGCCUCGACUGUCUGCGUUGCGCGUAUCUCGGGUCGCACCCCUGACACAGCAAGCCAAAGAUCUCCUACAGCCGAUCAAGGCGGCGCCGAAACAGUUGUCAUUACGCAUAUUCCCAGCAGUACAUUCACGGAUCCGCUUCGCAAGACCCACGACGACGCCGCCAAGUCCCGCCAUCAUAGCCAUGCUCGAGGUCGACUUCACGCCGUUCUUCGAGUGUGAAAUAGCAUUGACCUCCAUAGACCUGUCUGUUAUUGAAGGCAACGUGGAAGAUUUGACAAACCAACCCGGCAUGGCACUGCCCAUGUCCUGUGUCGCACACGACCAUAUCACUUUUCUGUAUCGGAUUACACCCGAAGACGCAGACACCAUUUCUAGAAACCCCACGCGAGAUCUCAGCAUCAAGAUUGAGAUGACCGCCUUGGAACAGCCUAAAGUAUGCACACCGAAGAUGACGAUGGCUUGGACUACAACGGUAGAUUUCACGCUCCCAGUCAACCCAGGCUUCGGCUCGGCAAUGCAGCCUAUUCAGCGCUCGCAUAGGCCUAGCCAACUGUCUAUAAACAGCAUGACGUCUCUGGUCGCCCCUUCAGUCUCUCGGCCAGAUGCCUUGCCAGCUCUUGAGGCUGCAGGAAACAAGAUGGAUGUUCCUAUCCCGGAUCUUGGGAUCACCGUGACCUUUGCCGCCCCGCCCCCGGCACAGAAGAUCUAUCCGGGUGAUGUCUUCGUCUGGACGGUAUUUGUGGUCAACCGCACCGCGCCUAACGUGCCCACCUCGCCGCGGAAAAUGGCUUUGGUGGCGAUCCCCAAGCGCAGGAGAAACGAGAGCAGAAUCAACAGACCCCCUUCGGUUUCUUAUCCAGGAGGGGCCGCAGCCCAUGGAGCUUCGCAGCCUAGGACGCCGCGGGACCGGAGCAUAGCCGACGCCGUCCUGGACGAUAAUGUCGUUCACGCCAUGCAGAGGAGCAGCAUUGUCGAUAGCGCCGAGAUGGUCUGCCUCAGUGCCGACGUCAGAGUCGGCCCGUUGGCGCCCGGCUCCUGCCAUGUCGCGGAGUUGCGCUUCAUGGCGUUGAAGUCGGGCAUUAUCGGGAUCGAGGCGAUCAGAGUCGUAGAUCUGGGCACCACAGAGCACGUGGAUAUUCGAGAGCUGCCUACGGUUCUAGUUGAACAGGACGAAACAGGAAUUGGAGGCGGUCUUCGCCGUAACAGCGAUCAACUUGUAACGGCCAGCGCCUGA